GUUCACCUGCAAAGAAAGCUGUUUUUCUGCUCAUUUUUUUUGUGCACUAAAGAUCUCAUGAUAACAUUCAAUUUCCUGUUACUGACACUUGAAAAGUAUAACGCAUGACAUUUACAAUUUGAGUUGCAAGGGGAAGAAGAAUGGCAUCCCUGGUGCCUGGAGUUCUACUGAAGCUUCUUCAGAGUAUGAACUCUAACGUAAAAGUACGCGGGGAAUAUCGCUCUGUUCUUCUGCAGGUGAUCAGCAUCGUGCCCGCACUAUCUGGCUCUGAGUUAUGGCCUAACCAAGGUUUCUUCAUAAAAGUCUCCGACUCUUCUCACUCAACCUAUGUCUCACUUUCGAAGGAAGACAACGAGCUCAUAUUGAAUAAUAAGCUGCAGCUUGGGCAAUUCUUUUAUGUGGAUGGAAUCGAAGCUGGGACACCUGUCCCUAUUCUUGUUGGUGUUAGAGCACUCCCUGGACGCCAUCCUUUUGAAGGCAAUCCCAAGGACUUAAUGCAGAUGUUAGAACAAUCAGAGCAUCCUCAUAGUGAUGGAGUUAAUGGUUCCAAAUCCACGGAUUUAACAGAAGCCAAAGAGAAUCCAAGUUCAAGUCAGAAGAUUGUUAUUAAAGAGGAAAAACUAGGUGUUGCAUCCAGGUAUAUGCAGGGUGUUCUGAAUCCAAACUCAAAGCUUAACGGGCUAGAGGCUAAUGUAGGAAGCAAAGGAAAUGAUCUAGAAAUGGGCGCAGAUGGUAAAAAGGUGGGAUCUGUGAAAGGAAAGCAACUAGACAUCAAAGGUCAGGUGCUCCCAAUGACUCAAACUGGCACUCGACUUGAAGCAUUUUCACCAAAGCAAGACGUCGCUCAAUCUAACAUCCGAGAAGCUGUCAUAGCACCUUCUGUGCGCACUUCUGCCAAACACAGUAGUCCUACUAAACAGGAAAAUUUGAAUAUGAAUUUGUUGUCUGGCGCUAAAGAUAAAAGCAAGAGCACUGAGACAAUCCCAUGGUCUUCUUUGCCAGCCAAGCUUCUCCGGCCCGGAAAGGUUAUUCUUAGAAGGAAACAUCUAGCAUCUCAGGUUGUAGUACAAGCCCAAAAAGAAGCGUCUGCAGCAACAACCACAGUUAAAUGCCUGAGUAUGUUCGCCAACGUCUGCUCUUUCGCAUCUUCAGAGAACCCUCAUGCCACACUAAGCAAAUUUUUUGCUCUCCAACAGCUCAUGGACCAGCCAAAUGGUACAGCUAAAUUGAAUGAUAAAUCACUUCAACUAUACAGAAUUUCAACUCCCUUAGAAAGGCAUAAAUCUGGCACGACAGCAGGUUUGAUGCCAGCUAAAAGCACGGCAAAGUCUUCAAAACCUUUGACCGAACUAUCAGGGAUUGAGAAACAAGAAUGGGCCAAAGGGGGUGGUAUGAAAGAGAUCAACGAGCUGAGAGAGUUACUUUUAAAUGAAACAAGAUCGUGGUUUCUGAUGUAUCUGGAAAAGACAUUAGAUGCUGGAUUUUCCGUUAGCUCCCGUGAGAAGAGCAAGGAUAGUAAGGAUGUUGCAGGGAGACAAAUUGAGCAAGCCAAUAAUAUAGCUCUAACACUGUCACACCUUAAGCAUGCAAACGAGUGGCUGGACAACCUGAGGAGCAGUUGCAACACGGAAAGUGAAGGGAUGGUGGAGACUGUUGACAGAUUGAAGCAAAAAGUUUAUUCUUGUUUGCUUGUACAUAUUGAUUCCGCUGCAUUAGCAUUGGGGAACCGAGCCUGA